AUGGAGUCUCGAGCUAGUCUUGGGCAUUUCAGCGGUGGGCUUGGCCACAUUGAGCAAGGUAGCCUCGAAGGGAUCACCUCAGGUGAAAUUAGGGUUGGCAUUGAGAGUUGCAAGGAGCGGGUUGCUUUCAAGUGUCUCACUUGCGCUCACCGCAUCUGGGUCAGGAGCAAAAAGCCUGCUGGCCUCAUGACGCUCGCAUGGCGCAAGAGUGACCGCGGCGUGCUGAUGGGCUACCUGAUCAGUGCUGGACUUCCGAAGAGCAAGCAAUGCAAGCAAAUUGUGUGCUUGAGUUGCGUCCAUAACCUGCUCGGCGUGGUGGCAGAGAGCGCAGAUGGGUUGUUGGUCACGUUAAGUGGCAGGAAAGAUGGUGGGCAAGACACGCCCAUCUUGCGGCGGCAGAGGGGGGAAGGGCCUUGGAGCCAAAGCUUCGAGCUCACGCACGAAGUGCUGAGCUUCUUCUAUCGAGAGAACGCAACGACGGGACUGGAGCAGAGGCCAGUGGCCACGGCGGCAACCCAGAUCGGCGAGCGAGGCAUGGCGAAGGGUGUGCGGCCGAGAGAGAAGGGCGCCUCAGAGGAGACGAGCACUGAGGGGGCGGCUUCACGCAUAAAGGAGCAGGCGGUGCGCUACCUCGUGAUGAUGACGUCUCCCCAGGAGUCGGUUCGCGUCUUCUUGCCGGCAGGGUCGGCUUCUCCCCCGCUUAGGCUCUACAUGUCGGCAUGGGAUCACAACGGAGAGGGCCGGCCAAAAGGGCUUGGGAAGCCAUCCAAGACCGACGCGCUCCCAGAGACCGUCUGGUGGAGCACGCUUGGCGAGCUCUGCUGCACGUGCAACCGGGGACGGCUGAUGGAGGACGCGCCGUGCGUGCACAAGUUGGCACUCGCGGCCCUCAGCGAAAGCUGGAGCUCGACGGCGGAGCUGCCUAUCCAAGAGUCGCUCGGCAGAGGAGCGAGGGUGGAGCGGGUUGGCUCGGAUGAGACGGGAAGCUACUUUGCGUCGGCCGACAACCUCCAAAGACCUCCAAGCCCUCAGAGGCGCAUGGUCUUUUGCAGCAGCAAGGGGGCUUGGUAUUGCGAGGGGAAGCGCGACGGGUGCCCGAGCCUCACCGACUGCUCGCACGUUAUAGCGGCAAAGGCAGCUCUGAGGAACGAGGGAGACCUUCCAGUUGCCGAUCAGAUGGUUCUGAGGCUCUCGGAGCCGCUAUCGGAGGCUGCGCUGGGCUGGCUCGAGCGGUGGAACGGCGAGUUGCCAAAGAUUGGGAUACCCCCCGCCGUGGGCACCCCCUCGCAGGGGGUAGCCAGUGAUGCGGGGCUGUCGGAGGAGGAGCGGUAUCUUGUUGGCUUGCUGGAGCGGCGGCCCCAUGAGCAAGCGACCUGCGCCGGCGACUCGUGCUUUUGUCGUCAGCACGAUCGCCUCUUUGGAGAGGCCGCCGUCGCACAAAUUUCCAACGAUCGGGAGAGCAAUGGGGGCGAUCGUGGCAGGGAAGGGGGGUCGGCUGAGGAGGAGGCGCCCCCUCGCAAACGGGCGAGGCGCAGUAAGGCUUUUUGGGAGGCACACAAGCAAGGCUCGCAAGGUCCAGCCACAAGAGUGGGGUGGGGCGCUCGGCCGCCGGCGGAAGCGAGGGGCAAGGAGGCAAUUCGAGGCUGGGUGGACGCGUGCACGAGCUGUUCGGUUGCCUCCUUGGCAGCCUUGAACGGCGGGUGCGAGCAUGGAGAGGCCUCGAAGGUUCGCACCCCCGUCAUGCUCCUGACGACUGAGGCCGUCCAAGUUACAAAGCCCAAGCUGGCACGAUUGAGCGAUGCGCACGCCGUCCACGACCCGCUCGUGACUUUGCUCGACCGCCCCGUUCCUGUGAGCAAGCUGAGGGAUUGCCACUUUCAGGAGCUAUCGGAGAAGGGGCUGUUGAGCGCGCCCCGCCCCAUCGAAUCGCCGGCGUGCGGCGGCUCGUGGAUCGAGGCAUGGAUGGAGGCCGACGUGACGGCCGCCCAGUGGAGCCAGCGGGUGCGGGUGCGGAUCUACCACUGCCAAUGCCCUGACGAGGCGCACACAAUCCACUUUGACGGCGAGCACCUGGGGUUGUACACGUGGAAUCGGCGGACCCUCUUCGUCCAGGAGAGCUUGCAGCUGCUCUUGCGGGGGAUGCAGCACGGGCACAGUUU